AUGGACGAGGAUCCGGAUUUUGACUACGAGAUGGACCCACAGGCUCCAUAUGCAUCGAUGCAGGGAAGUGCUGAGGAAGUCAUGGAUGACGUGCGCAGCGAAGGCAUGCCCAUGUCAGAUGCUGGCAUGCAGUCCAAACCUAUCGACAAAGCAAGCUACGACGUUGACUUUCACGACUCCGCCAAUACUCAACAUGCAAGCUCAGAUGUCCAAUUCAGCACUGAAGCACCGGAGUCAGAAUCCUCAGGCUACAUUGUAGACGGACAGAUUGCCGAGACUAGCCACGGCCCAUCUGAAGAUCACGUCUACGAAUCGGGCCCAACGAUCACUGUUGGAGAAGAAGUCAAAGCGCCCGAAGAAGCAUUCCCGACUGGCACGACAGCCGUCCAAACACAUCAGGAAAGCAGCACAAUCAUCACAGCAGGCGUAACGGAUGAGAACGGCGAACGAAACGAUGCUGCAGAUCAAUGGCAAGGCAACUCGACCGAGAACGAUGGAGAGUACGUUGGAGGAGGAGAGGAAGAAGAAGAACAAGAUGAGCUGAAUCAGGGUGUUGGGGGCGCCUCAGCACAUGACGGAACAGCGUCAGCUGCCAUCGUGAAAGUGAAAGUAGAAGAGGAAGAGGAGGCUGACCAACUCGAAGGUGAGGGAGAGCAAGAGCAGCAGAUAAGCGGUGCAGAAGCUCAUACAACGCAAACAAUCAACGGAGGAAACACAGAAGAAUACUAUGAUCCCGAUGAUCAUGAGAUUUUCACCGUUUGCGUCACCUUCAACGGUCAAGAUUUUGUCAUGUGGUCCUCGACAGACAUUCCCGCAUAUGUUGCUCUGUCAACGAAACCUCAAGAGGCAGAGACCGACGACAAAGUGGACGAGCUGAUGCAGAUAGAAGCGCCUGCCCUCGACGUUCCACAAAGCGUGCUCGGGCAGCCACUCGAUAGCCUCUUUGCUGGCCUGAGAGAACGCAAAGCUCUGGGCGAGUUUCUGGAAGAGACUCACGAGCUGCAUCUCAACUUCCCAGAUCUUGAUCUCGACAUCGCCGAGGACAACCUCUACUGUCGAGAGAUCACAUUGGGUGACCUCUUGCAACUCCAUCACGGGCUUGGCCUUGAGACGAGCUUACAUGUGCAGGUAUCGGAACGUCCGAGAUUCAUCACCAAGUACAACGAGCUCGCUCAACAUGUGGCGGGGAUCAUUGGCAAUCAGCUGCAGCACAGUAGCGAUGAGGAAGACGAGAUAGCAAAUGCUGGUCUGCAAGUAGGGGAUUACAAUGGCGUUGCGGGCGACGAAGAAUCUGUUGCUCUGCAGAAUGGUCGCAAACCAAAUCCUCCUCAACAAGUCAGCGUGGCCGAGGUGCAGGCAAAUAAAGGCCACGGUGCCCGAAAUUCGAGCGAGGCAACCCGGGCAAACGUGCUGAGCACGACGGAAGCUACUGUCGUACUCAGCGAGCCCAAGGCGAAUGCCCUGCCUGAAGGUGCAUCGCUAGCGCACGCUGCAGAUGGCAACCUCGAGGUCGCGUCUGAGGCUGGUGGAGGGUCCAAACCGACAGCAUCGCAGACGGAAGAGCACAGCCUUCACGCUCAAGUCGGCGAAGGAGACAUUGUUCACGAAGAGCAAGACGAAUUAGAAGGGGACACGGCAGGGACGGUAGCGGAACAACACGAUGCAGAUGGUCCUAGACAAGGGGAAGGACAAGAUGGGGCACCCGAGGAUGCAUGCGGAUCAGAACAGCACGCAGGAGCGGCAGAAGAGGAGGUAAUCGACCUUGCGGCAGAAGACGACGAGGAGGAGGUAAUCGACCUUGCGGCAGAAGACGACGAGGAGGAUGAGUAUGAUGAAGAUGAGGUAGAAGGUGAACAGUACGAAGACGAAGUGGAAGGAGAGGAGUAUCAAGAGGAGGCGGAAGGCGAGGAAUACGACGAAGAAGCAGAGGCCGAAAAGUAUGAGGAUUAUGGGGAUCAGGCCGGCGAGAUCGGCGAAGAAGCUGAGCGGACAUUCUACACUACCGUGAACGAAGGCUCGGGCGCAGAGGAGGAUGAAUUGGAAGAGCCAGAAGAGGCAACAGUCGAGGAAGACAAUGGCGCAGCCCUGCUACACAAUGCGCAUCCAGCAGAAGCGAGAGAAUUGACAAACACAAACGGAGGCGAUGCUAACAAUGAACAAGCAUGGGAAGGUACGUUGAGCACGCCUCGGACGGCCGUCUCACCGAAGGCUCCUACUGACAAGUCCAUCAUUAUAACCAACUCUCAACAUCUUUGUUCCAUCACAGAAGGAGCGGAGGAGCAAAUUGUCGAAUACAUAGAAGGAGACGAGGACAACAUCAAUGCUGCGUCCUCCUCGCUACCCACCUCAGAAACAUACGACAUGGCUGCGCAACGCAAACGCAGCUUCCUCGACGAGGACGACACGGCCGAAUAUGAAGAAGAUGAUCGCGAAGCAGAGAGCAAACGUGUCAAGAUGAUCUGA